AUGACAAAGCCCCAAACCGCAGUAUCACCCGACGAAUUCUUCAAAAUCAUCACCCCCUUCCUAAACGAAAUCAAUCCCAACAUCCCACCUUACGCGCCCGACGAAGCAUUCUACAAAGAAGUCUUCGACAAAUUCGCAGCUGCCUCCGGCCUCCCAGAAGACACCAUCCCCCACUUCGUCGACACAGGAGAAGUCCUAGCACGAUGCUUCUACCCCAGCCUACCCCGAGAUCUACAAAUAUCCAUAGGAGUCUUAACAGCAUACGUCUUCUCAAUCGACGAUCAAUGCGCAGACCCCGAGUUCCGCGAGCAGCUCAAAUCGUACCGCUCAGUCUUUCUCGGCCAAUCCACCACGAACCUCCAAUACAUUAAGGGUCUAUACAAUACCCUUCACGAUAUAGUCAGUCACUAUGAGUGGUAUGCUGGUGACAUGAUCAUCAAAUCAACCAUGGACUUCGUGAGUAUCAAUAUUGUGGAGGCGGAGCAGACUGGUCAUUUCAUGGUCUCUCCAUCUACCAAGUUGUUUCCGGACUUCUUGCGACAGAAAAGUGGUAUCGGGGAGGCUUAUGCGUUUUUUUAUUUCCCUGGGAGUGAUUGGGGUCUGGGGGAUUAUUUUACGUUGAUCCCCGAUAUAGCGGGUAUUAUUGAGCAGUUGAAUGAUGUGCUGUCGUUUUAUAAGGAGUCUGUUCUAGGAAAUGAGCCCGGAACGUGGGUUAAGCAGACUUGUGUCUGUAAGGGGAUUUCUGAAGGUGAGGCUUUCAAGGAGAGAGUGGAUCAGUGCUUAGGCAGUAUUCGGAGACUGCGUGCUGCAUCUGAGGGAAUUCCGAGACUGCUAAAGACAGUCAAUGAGUUCAUUAAUGGGUAUCCUCUCUUCCAUCUUAACGCGGGUAGGUAUAAGCUGGAUCAGUUUGGCAGUUAUCAUGGUUGUCAGGGUGAGAAGACGGCGGGUGGAAAUUGA